AUGGCAGUUAACGAAAAGGAUGUUGGCCGGAAGAGCCGGGUUAGUGUUGUUCUAUGGGUAUUUAUCGCUCUUGGAACGCUAUUUCUAUGCAAAAAUGCAUUCACAUUUUCGUCGGAGUCCAUCCAUGGCUUGAAGAUUAGUAGUGAUGACUCUGAUAGCGUUGAUAUUGAGAGGCAGAUAUCGCUGGGGUUAACACCCAGGAAACCUGUUGUUAUUACAGACUUACGCACAGGCAAUAAGAGGAAGUUACACGGCCGAUUUCUUCAUAUUACUGACAUGCACCCUGAUGAGUACUAUGUUGCUGGUACGUCGAUCGAUAACGUUUGUCAUAGUGGUGAGCCUACCAAGGGUAAAGACAGAGCAGCAAAGUUUGGUAAUGCUAUGAGUGGUUGUGAUUCACCCAUGUUGUUGAUGGAUAUGACCCUAGAUUGGAUAGAUAAGAAUUUGAAAGACCAAAUCGAUUUUGUGGUCUGGACUGGCGAUAAUAUAAGGCAUGAUAACGAUCGUACCUACCCUAGAACUGAGGAUGAGAUCUUUAGAAUGAACGCCGAAGUUGCGGAGAAAAUCAAGAAGAUCUUCAGAACACCAAACUCUCCUGACCCUAGAGACUUUGCUGUGCCUGUUGUUCCAUCUAUUGGUAAUAAUGAUGUAUUUCCUCAUAAUUUGUUUUCACUAGGACCUACACUUCAGACAAGAGAAUAUUAUAGACUAUGGGGUGAUUUUAUUCCCGAAGAACAGCAAAGAAUGUUUGAUAGGGAUGCUUCUUUCUUUACAGAAGUUAUUCCAGGUAAGCUUGCAGUUUUAUCAUUCAAUACCCUUUAUUUGUUUAAGGCUAACCCACUUGUAGAUAACUGUGAUUCUAGAAAGCAACCGGGUUAUCAGCUUCUGCUAUGGUUAGGAUAUGUCUUGGAUGAAAUCAGAGAAAGAGGCAUGAAGGUGUGGAUUAGUGGCCAUGUACCACCUAUAGCUAAGAACUAUGAUUCUUCCUGUUAUGAUAAGUUUUCUCUCUGGAUGCACGAAUAUCGUGAUGUAAUAAUAGGUGGACUAUAUGGUCAUAUGAAUAUGGAUCAUUUUGUUCCUGUAGAUGUGCAAGCCAUAAGAGAAAAUAUGGAAGAGCAGCAGAUGUCUUUAUUGAGUGAAGAUGAGCGUUUGACUAAAACGAUUAGAGAGCAUGCUAUUGCUGCCAGAGAAGCUCAUUUGAUGGGAGCUAAGCCUGUUAACAAAGAGUCUUACUUAGAUGGAGUUUUAGAUACAUACUAUAAAGGUGUAUUACAAGAAAUUGAGCAGGCAGUCGAUUCUGAUCUAGAUAUUGAGAAGAAAAAGAAGAAGAAAGGUAAGAAGAAGAAAGGAAAAAAGGAAAAGAGGACUCUUGAAGAGAUAUACGAUCAGCACUCAAUUGUUCAAGUUUCCGGGUCCGUUAUACCCACGUUUAACCCUUCGAUAAGAGUGUGGGAAUAUAAUAUUUCUGAUAUCACCGAUUCCUCAAGUAUUUUCGGUGAAAAUCAAUUAGAAUACCAAUCAUGGGACUUAUUUUUUGAAGAUCUCGAACAUAAAAUGAAGAACGAGUUUGAUGACAAUGAAUCAUCAUUUUGGGCUGCAUCAGCAGAACAAAAUAAAAAGAAGAAGAAGAAGAAUGGUAAGCCUGAUAAGAGUAUACCGAGAAAGAAACCAGAUGAGUUACCUGCUGGACCAGGUCACAUACAACAACUAUUUUCUCCUACCAAGUUUGUUCAAUACUUCGCUGAUUUGGACUCUAUCAACUCCGAAUAUGAAAAGUUAAUAGAUAAAGGACUGGCAGAACAUGAUGCUAUAAACAAAGCAUUCAAUUAUGAAGUUGAGUACACAUCAAAGGAUGAGCCAUAUCCUAUGGAAUCAUUACUAGUUAAGGACUAUCUGCAUUUGGCCGCAGAUUUAGCGCGCGAUAACGGACUAUGGAAAAUAUUCAAAGAACGCGCUUUUAUAUCAACUGGAUAUGAAGACGAGCGUAACUAA